UGUAGAAGUAGAGAAAUAAUUUGACAUGAUAAUUAUAGUUGUGUUGUAAUACAACUUACUACCUACAAAGAUGUUUAACAUUGAGUCUUAUAUCACGCCUAUAUUACUAAGUUAUAUUGAGAAAUAUGUAAAGGACUUCAGGCCAGCUGAUGCUCAAGUUUCACUAUGGGGCGGAGGAGUUGCACUUCACAAUCUGGUUCUCAAACCAGAUGUAUUGCAACAAGUGGUCGCUCUGCCAUUUACCCUUGUCUCUGGUCGAAUACAUGAACUACUUAUCAGGGUACCAUGGACCAAGAUUAUGUCUGAACCCAUAACUAUAACUAUUGAUACCAUAGAAUGCAUCCUUAGUCUUCAUGCACCGCCAGAAGAGAAUCCUCAACCUGAAUUACCAACGAAACAAGUAGUGGAAGCCCCACCAGGGUACAUGCGAGCGUUGGUCCGUCGCGUUGUUAGCAACAUCAGUGUGCGGGUGCAUCAUCUCAUUGUGAAGUAUGUCCAGGAUGAUAUAGUACUGUCACUGAACAUUAAACACCUAGCAGUCGACAGCGCUGACUCCAAUUGGAAUCCCGCAUUUGCAGAUAUAGAGGUGGGUGAGCCUGCGCUGCGGCGACUGGUCCGCCUGGAUGACCUCACACUGUGCCUGGACCGCGCCGACGCCGAUGGCAAGAUACGCUUCUACCAGGAACCUCUCCUCUACAGAUGUCAGCUGGACUUCAGAGUUCUAACUCGGCUUGUAUCAGCUAAACGUCUGCGUCCGCUGUCAGUGUGGGUGCGGGCGAAAGCAGCGCGGCUCGCGGGCGGCGCCAGCAACGAGCAAUUGGCGCUGCUCGUACGACUGAUGCGGGAGCGUCCUCCGCCACCCACGCCACCCGCCACAACACCACUCUUCGUACCACCACCACAAACUGGAGCAUCAUCAACAUCGUUGGAAGGAGUGCGUACAGAGAGUUGGACGGAGUGGGCGUGGUCGUGGCUGCCGGCCUCUGAUGAGUCGGAGGAUGUGGCGCCCUCUGUGCCAGUCCCCGUACCAUUGAUAUUGACUGUUUACUUUGACGAUGUCUCCUUCACUUUCAAAAUGAUGGAGACGGACAUGAGUGGCAAGCGGCGCGCGCGGCCCGUGCUGCAGCUGGUGGCAACGCAUGUGGCCGUCAAGUUCACAAAGUGCGCGCCCACCUCAUUGCGCCUGCGCGCCGGCGCACGUCUGCUGGACCUGCGCGCGCACGGCAAAUGCGUCUGUGGUCAACUACCCCCCACACAUGCUAAUCAUGAGCCGACUAUUUAUUUAAGCAACAUUGUAAAGUCGGAGGAACCAUGGAAUUGGCCCGAAGAAAACUUCGGCGGCCGUCCAGUGGAGACUGCCUUAGCUGUUGACGAACAGUUUCGAGCUUCUCCUGAACCUAAUGAAGCAUCAGAAAGUAAUGUGGAGACUCAGUGGUGGAAUGAGGUGCCUCAGGACGGGGACAGUGAUGAGCUUUGGGAGCAGAUGUCACCCGUGGUCUUCGUCGAGUACUGUCACGACAGAGCGCCGCCGGAUUCACACAUCAAUCCUUAUGACAAGCCACCUUUGGACUUUGAAUACAGCGACUGGGCGGAAGAGUGCAGCAUAUCGAUCCGCGUGCAGCCGCUGCAAGUGGAAUUGUGCGGCGGGCUGCUGCAUAGAGUUGCUGCAGUCGUGGACAUGGCGCUGCACCUUCCUCCGCAUCAGGAACCCGAGCAAUCAUUACGUACUCUGACUGUGGAGGAAUGCGAGGCGUUGUCUAACAACGUACCGCAGCGGCGAUGCGAUGUAGAAGUGUGCGGGUUGGUGGUGCGCGCGUGGCCCUGGCAGCACCCGCCACCUCACCACCGCGCCGCGCCUCCCCUGCUGCUGGACUUCGAGCUGCCCUUGGCUGUAGCCACCAUCUCAACACCCUUGUAUACAUACAGGGUGUGCUCGGCGGCAUGUCAGAUGCCCGAGGACGAGGCGCUGGUGUGGAGUUGUGCGCGGGCGCAUGUUACCUUCAACGUUAACGGUGCGACUGCGAGCGUGCGCGGCGCCGACACGCCCCCGCGACCAGUCGCACACGCGGACAUCCGCGCCACCUCACACCGCCUCCUGCAUCCGCAUCUCUUCAAACACUACGCUACAGUGCACAACAGCUACACAUUCAAUAUACGCGAAGCUGGGAUUUGCGGUUCUGUGGCGAGACUUACAGCUGCGUAUGAGAUUCUGACCGCACUACGUAACGCUCGUCCUUCCACCUUGCUCAACAACACGACGCUCGUAUAUGAUGCGUUGCACGACGAUGAAAUGGUGUCAGUGGACGCGUCGUUGGAGCAGCUGACACUCCGGGGAUACGCGACACUCGGCCUCCGCACACACAUAGUAUCGCUGCACUCCGUUAAGGCCUCCGCAAUACACGCACCAAAAGAUGGCGAAAUCAAACAAGCCUGGCUGUUUUCUGGUCCAGAGGCCUCGACAACUUCACCGUACUUGCGCAUAGCGAUGCAAUGGGAAACAGAUGUGGGGGCGGGGCCGCGGGAGGAGGAGUCUGAGCAGCUGAGGGCGGUGGAGUUCAUCGGGGCGUGGCUCGAGCCCACUGCGGUCAGCCUCGACCCGCUAAUGCUCGCAGGAUUGGUGUACAUGCCCCGUGUCACACUAUCGAGCGUGGAUUCACAAUCUAAUCUAAUUACUGGAAAAUCCGUGUCAUCAUCCCUGCACUCAAUGCUGCGUCGCCCCACACCACCGUCGUCGAGUGGUCGCGGCGGCAGUCGUGCGGGCUCCGGUGCGGAGGUGCACACGAGGACGCGCAGUACCACCUCCAGCGCCGAACGCACAGAACUCAUGCACGCGCCGCCCACACCGCGACCGAACGACACCCGCAACACGCUUGGUAAGAAAGCGGCGUGGUGGUGGAGCGGGGAGCGCGCGGUGCAGAUGCACGCGAGGUUGCGACGCGCGCUGGCGUGCUGCGAGCUGGGCCUGGUGCAGGUGUACGUGCCCGCACAGAGCGUGCCAGCACGCGGGUCCCGCCCCCUGCGCGCCAUGGCCGGCAUUGCGGGACUCCGCGACGCAGUCGAGACCCACGCCGUGCACAAACCAGUUCUAGUGUUCAGUCUGGGACACUUGACAAUGCAUUCCAACACAAUGGUAAAACACCUUUGGAACGAUAUCAGACACGACGGCCCCACCUAUAUUGCAGCGAAGCCCGAACUCACACUAGUGGAUUCGUUUCCGUGGCGCGUGCGCAUCGCGGACGUGUCGUGCUAUACGCUGGAGGCGCGGCGUGCUACGGACGGAGUUCGCGGCGCGCUGAAAGACACGCGCAGCACCGCCCCGCGCGCCCUCCUCGGUCUCCUCACCACCACCGUCACCCUCUCCAUAGUCACCAAGUCUCUGUCCGUGCGGCUUCCCACCCCCACGCAACGCACGCCGCACGUCGCCCACGACGAGAAAAUUAAAUAUUUCACAAGCGGCGUUGACUUUAAGCCUUCAACAUUGAAGGAAUUCAUCCGAGGUCCUUCUAAACACAAGAGAACUAAUGUGGAGACGAAAGCGAGCCCGGAGCCGACGGCGGCGCCGGCUGCGGGCGGGCCUGUGGUGUCGCUGGGCGUGCACGUGCACGCGGACACGCCCCCCAUCACACUACAUCUAGACCAAGAUCAGGUGGGCGUGUUAGCGGACGCAUUGCACUGUUUGUCGCAUUUGGCACUGUUGUUGCGCCGGUCGUCCGUCUCUACGCCCGUGCCAGCCUACACACCCUCAGUUCCUGCUGUCAACAAGUCACUCAUAAGAUCUGUAUCCGAACAGGAAGAGAGAGAAACGCCCUCUGAACGGACACCUAGCGACAACCGCUCAGAUCUCAUUCCAAUAUUUGAAGCGAGCGCUAUAAAAUUAGAGACGAAGACGUUCGUAUGGGUGCAGUGGGUAAUAUCGCGUGCGACGGUCGCAGUAUCGACUGGUCGCGCGCGACUGGCCGCAGACGUGGACGAUAUUAUCGCCACAGUGGAUCUGCAGCCUCACUACAGUCAGUUAAAACUGAAGCUUGCUUCCGCUUCACUACGUCAUUAUCGACGAUCGGAGAGCGAUGAAUGGGAAGCCGGAGCUAUGGGAGGCCGAGUGCUUGAAGCUCGGGAGCCUCUCGACUCCAAACAAGACAACCAUUUCUUAGCCCUCACUGUAACGCAAGCAAAGAUAUCUAAUUUACCAGCCAGUUGGAGAGAAGAGCUACAUCCUAAAUUAUUGGAACAAAAAUCUCAAGGGGCGGACAGUAUGUGGGAGGUGUAUGUAACACUGGCGCCACUGGAGGCAGUGGUGCAGGCGAGCGUGGUGCGGCUGGCGGCGGCCGUGCUGCGUCUGCUGCGUCCGAGCUCCGCCGCCUGCCCACUGCGCCCGCCCACACCCCGCCCACACGCCCACCUCGCCACUACACACGCCCCACUUCGCAGCGAAUGGCAGCUUCCAUUUUUCUACAUGUCGGCCGGCGGCUUGCGACUGCUGCUUACUGAGCACGGGGCAGAGAGUGCGGAAGAUGACACAAUCAUGCUCGUUAUCGGAAAAGUUACUGUAAAUCCACAUCCGGAGAACCCUAUUUGCAGACGUGUAGUGAACGCGUGUGCGGAGACGAGCGGGUGGGCGACGGGCGCAAGUGCUCCUGAUGGCCGACAGUAUGAAGCACUCGCCCGGGGCGUGGCGCUGCGCUCCGCACGCUUUCAUCAGCUUGUCAGACAAGAGGUAAGCGAAGCAGAAAUUAUGAAAGGCACGGGCGGUGAAAAUCCAGCAUUGAAAUGGAGUCAGCCAACGAUUUCACCUGUCAUCACACCAAUAUUACAUUCUGUGGACGUGGAGUGCGUGGUGGCACCUACGGUGGUGGUGUACGACGAGGAUGGGCCAACGGUGGCAUGCGGGCCAGCACUUGAGCUCAAUCUCGCCUCCGACUGCUCCGUGGAGCUCGGCCUGCACCAGCUCGCGCUCCUCGUCUCCCUCAGCGAUUCAAUGCGGGAUGCCCUCACACACGGGGUGGAAGACGUUGAUGCAGAUGAGGCUGAGGAGGAGUCGAACACGUGUCCUUACUCGCAGCUGAUCCCCGAGCCGCUGUCGCCCUGGCCAGAUACAGCGCCCAUGCCGCCUACACCAUCCUCCGCGACAGUCGCGCCUACAACCUCAGCAAACUCCACACCUGCCUUUCCGUGGACAACGCGAAGUGAUUCGAUGCGGGGAGGCAUGGAUUCAGGUGCGGCGUCGGCCGCUUCGCACUGCGCAGCCAAAUAUAGCUUAAGUGAGGAGCCGCAGGGACCCAUCAAGAAAAAUGUAUCCAUUGCGCUCGCAAAUCAUAGGAUCGAUCCAUGGGAACAUUUUGAGUUGUUUGUGACAAUGGGGGUGAUCGAAGCGUGUUUGUAUGCUGCGGAUACUGGCGGCAGCGAGUUAGCGCCGCUACGCGCUCGCGAACCGCCAUUGGCCGACCAUGUGCCAGUGUCGGCCCCGCCCAGCGCCACACCGGGCCCCGCCACUGACACAGCGCCCGAAGACCAGACACGCCCCAAUGUUAGUUUCAAAGACAUUAAAGAGACGAGUAAGAAAGACGACGGACGCGAGUCAGCGACCGCCGGCAGUUCGAUCGCACCGGACGACAUUAAAAGCACCGAUAUCGACAAAACUCACUUUGACUUAACGAAUGUUUUGCCCCAAGCCAGGAAGACGGAAGGUUACUUGCAGAUGAUCCAUAUUAGCUUGCAACAACCAAACCUGUACUACUGGCGAAAAGAAACACAGAGGACGUUUCAGGUAUCGUUGUUCGACGCGGGCGUGGCGCUCGGAGGAGGUACAUCGCGUCGUGUGCUACUGAGUACUGAGCGCGGUACCCGAGACCCACUCACCGACAUUCCGCCAGCCCUCGCCACACUUAGAGCAACCAUACCCACCACCAGUAUAUCUGCAACAGUAAUACCGAACGCGCGAGGUACGCUUCAGUUAGAUGUAGAGCGACCUGUUCUGUUUGAUGUUUGCACGGACCGACUGAUGCGUCUUCAUACUAUUGUCAAGUUGGUCAAUAAGCAGUUGAAGCAGGUGAAAACAACGACAGAAGAAGAUACAACUCAGUCUUCUAUGAGGAGAUUACGAAAAUUAAUGACGAGGCACGGUGUAGCGAAUGUGUCGCUGAGCACGGGUCAGGUGGGAGUGCGGGGGUCUGUGGGGACGGCGGGGUGGACGAGCGCGAGCGCACACGUCACCGCCGCCCUACGUCCCGACCGCCUCACCGCACGCGUACUGUUGCGCUCCUCGUUCGCCUGCGCAGGUGCGCCCUGCGACGCCCGCAGACCGGUACUGCUGCCAGUGAACGUCGGGGCUACGGUGGUGGCGACUUGGGAGGGAUGGCGACGCAGUGGGGGUGGGGCCGGGGGCGGCAGCAGCGCGGCAGGGGGCGUGCGCGGCGCGUUGUAUGCCGACGCGGUAACACUCGAUUUGCGCCCCGGCGACCUCGAAGCCCUCUCCGUUUUGCACCACGCCGUCCUGCAACUGCAGCAGUUUUUAAAAGGCGAAACUCAAGAUUCGUGGAUUAACGUCGGCGAGAAAAAACCGAGUACAUCGUCUACAGCAACCGUAUCGUCUACCAGCUCGCUCGAGGAUCUCGCCGAUCAUUACUACAAGGAUGAUCUCAGGAGCGGCGCGUUCAGGUUGGUGCGCGGCGGACAGGUGCCGAUGGCGUACCAGGUGCGAGCUAUGGCCGGCGCGCUGACCUGGCGUUACCCGCACCCUCGCGCCCUCACCAGGCUUGUCGCGUUCCCUGUUCCUGGAUUGGAUGAAGAGAUGGAGUGCGUGCUGGAACUGUUCGAUUCUACGCUGAUGCGGUGGGAGCCGCACACCUACUUCCACUUGCCCACCAGCGAGCCAAGGGAAUUUAAACUUGAUGGAAACCCAGCGGCCAUGGUAUUCGCGUUAAUGUGGCGUGUACGACUGAGCCCGCGAGCGGAGGACGAGCAGACGCCAUUCCUCUUCGACGCCAAUAAGUUCAUGUCGCAACAUGACCCCUUGGGUGCGGACGCGAUGUGGUCCGCCGUGUCCGACACGGACUGCGACAGCGCAGGGAGUAGCGCGGGGGGCGGAAUGGGGGGCGGACAACUCACCUCGGAGCAGCUGUGGGGUUCGAUGCGCGUCGAUUCAUACUUUGCGCCCCGCCUGCUGCCGCCUACACGUGUUGCAAUGCGUCUCGCAGCGCUCAGCAUAUACCUGCACAAUGACAUGCCCGCCCUAAACGAGGAGAAUUGUAGGAAAUUGGAAGGUCUAUACGUAUCGAGGCCGCUGCGGCGCAGUCACCGCGUGCUGGCGUUGUGCGCGCGCGACAGCGCCGCCCACCUACACCUGGGCCCCGCCCCCUCCACCCGACGCUGUCUUAUGCACGCCCACUUCUCAAGCGACAUCUUGGAUUGCACUACGGGUACCAUGGAGCGACUCGUGGAGGAGUUCCGGGUGCAGGCUUCAGUGUUGCUGACGCCCGUGCGGGAUUCCGAGGCGAGAGAUUGGCGCGUGCGCACGUGUGCUGACCACGUAUACGUGUCGCUGAACGUGCCGCACGUCUACACUUUGCAGGCGCUGGCCAACGACUGGCAACACGCAUACGAUCAGUAUGUACUGAAAGAAAAAGAUUGUGUGGAGAGCAGUGCGACGGAAGAGAAUGAGGAGCCGGAGUUGUUAGAGGAGGAGGAGUCACAGCGUGCGCUGCGCGGACGCGUCUCGUUGUGGUUGUACAACGAGUGCGGAGCCGCACUUCGCGUGUCUCAACUUGCUACCGAAGAACUGCUUCCGUUGGGCCCCGAUUCCAUGCUUGCGUAUAGAUGGCACUCCCCAAACGAGGCGAAAAAGCUACGGUUCUCCCUCGCCAAUCCAUCAACGGACUGGCACUGGUCUAAUAGUAUACCUUUCGUGGAAGGCAAGUACUUGGUACGUCUGGAAGAGCCGAAUGUAUGUCUGAACGGGGGCGGGGCUGUGAGUGACAAAGCGUGCGGGGCAGACGUGGCACCGGGGAUCUCCCGCCUCGCGCCGGGGGCGGGCGUGUUCAUCUACGCGCGCGUCACCGAGGUCGGCCCCACGCGCACCAUGCGUCUGACAGGGCGACUCACGCUUGCUAACAUGCUUCGACAUCCACUACUAUAUAAGGUGCGCGUUCGAUGCGCGUCUACGCAACAAUGGCGCGCACAGUGCGCAGGCGAGCUGUCCCCCGAGCGCGUCUGCCCCGCCCUCCUCUGUGAGACGGCCGCCGAUCUCUCUCUUAAGGUGAAAUUCUUGUCCCACGAUGCCGGUUGGUCGGGUGAUAUUCCAAUAAAAGAAUGUCCAAAAGAAAAUGUACCAUGGCUGGUUAAAGUGCCGAGCGGCGGUGACAUGGCGUACGUGUCGGUGUGGUGCCGCGUGUCUCGCGCCACCUCCGACGGCCGCCUGCUCGCCACCUUCUGGCCGCUCUUCGUGCUGCGCUCUCAUCUCUCCCUAGAUACAGAAGUGAUGAUAACAACGGAGUUGUCGGACACUAUUAUGGGUAAGAGUGGGGGGACGGAGACGGGUGCCAAGGGGGCGGCGCCUGGACUGGUGCAGACGGCGUUGGGGCGCGGCGCUACCACACACCUCACUGCGCCCGGCACCACCGCCGCCCGCCACACUCUCACACUGCAGUAUAAGAACAUAGACUGUCCAGUGACGCCGAAGGGGUUGCCUUUGCACUACGGCAUUACGCAGACAUCAGUGUUUGACGAGAGUCAGCCUGUACAGGACAUCGACGAUGUGCUCCAAGAAAUAAACAACUGGCUACGAGAGUGGGGCGGCGAGGCGCGGUCUGAUUGGCCUUACUCGCUGGUGCGCCGGCACUGGCGCGGUGUGUGGCAGCCGGCGCUGUUGCAGCCGCGUACAGAUAUCACGGUGCAGUACAGCCCGGUGUGCGCGGGCGGCGGUUGCUCGCUGGCGGCACAGCUCUGGCCGGUGAUGUUACUCGCCAACGCCGCGCCCAUGCCGCUCACACUACGCGCACACGACGCCGCACCACUCUGCCGCCUCGAGCCUGGACAUGUUGUCUCGCCACCGUCCACUCUGCUCACGAAACCUUUCUUCCUGUCGCUGGAGAUGGGUCGCGAGACAUUUGUGAGUGAGCCGUUGGUGGUGAGUUCGCAGGAGCCGGGCCGCUACGGCGCUCUGCCGACUGGUCACCUGGCCCUCGGUCACGCCGCAAACAUCGCCAUACAAUGCAAUCACAAGGUAGCAUUGUUUACCAUGUAUUUGGAAGUAAAAGAAGACAUGAACGUAUUGGGCAUCACUUCAACUUAUGUUCUCAGAAAUGAUAUGGACACUGAUAUUAUGAUAACUUGCAUCGCAGUACCGGAAGACACCGACGAUGAAGUGCUGCUAAAUCCGAAGUCAUUUAAAGUGAUCCCGCCUUCAAAGGAUAAACGAUGUGUGGGCGAAGCACUGUGCCGCGCGUGGAUAUGGAGUCGUUGGCGUAGUGGAGCUCGUGCCAACACAUUCCUAUGCGUUUCGCUAACACACGACAGCGCCGUGCCUGUACGUCUGGCCACGCCCCCCGAGCACGCCGGCCCCGCCCACCACGGCGCGCAGCCCUCACGACGAGCGAUCGCACUGCGCGAUCACAACAACCAAUCUGUGCCAGUGGUGGUGACUCAGCAUCACCACGACGGCCGCUGGCAGGUGGUUGUGGCGCGCGACCCUUGCCCGCAGUUCGUCGUGUACAACGCGACGGGCGAAAGGCUCGCAGUCGCACAGGUCGAUCAGCCCGAAGUAUAUGAUCACUACCAACAGAAUACCGCGUCUAAUAAUGUCAAGGCAGUGAGAGAGUGCGAGGGGGCCCGCUGGAUGUGCACGGUGGGUCCGGGCAUGAGUACGCACUACACGACGCCGGCGUACUGCGCACGCUACCCCACGCCCGCCUCAGACGCAGACAACGGCGACGCCCUCGCUCCAAUAUUCCUUACAUUUGCCCGAGCAACAGAGGAGGAACGAAUGCCCAAGUGGUGUGUGCCGGUGGGUGUGGUGAGCGGCGAGCAGCUGGUGCAGCUGGCCGGUCUGACGGUCAAACUGCGCGUGCGCACCUCCCCCCACUCCACCCUGCUCGAUAUACAACACGUCCAACAGCAUGACAUCUCCGCGAGCGACAUAAGGCAGCGUCUGGUCGGUUCCUUCAGCAACUCUACACUUCACGAAAAACACAUUAAUGAACACCGGUCGAUGGAACGAGUUAACGCAACAGAGAAUUGUUUGGAGAGAGAGCUGACGAGAAGUGUACUGGCAGUGGGAAAUGAAGAUAAUUCUCAGGUUUCAAUAGUGCAGUGCCUCUCUGAGGCCGAUCAGUCCAGUUUCAAGGAACUUUUGUACGGCGGCGAGCAGCAGCAGCAGCAGCAGCAGCAGCAGCAGCAGCAGGAAGAGGGCGGUGACGGCGGUGUGGGGGGGUUGGGAGGUGGCGAGCGCGCUUUGUGCGAGGUGCGCGGUGUACACAUCCGCCUCGCCGCCGCCGCUGACCGACCACCGCUCGUCGCUCUGCAUCUCGACAACCUGCUGGCCGUCAACCACGCAGACAUGCAUAGGGGCCGAGCGACGAUAUCAGUGUCGUCUCUCCAGAUCGACAACGCUCAGUACUCGAGCGGGGAGUACGAUUUCGCGGUUGUGGCAACGUCGCGUGCGCCGCUGCCCCCGGCCCCGCGCUGGCCGCCGCUGUGGGGCACCGCGCCCCCGCAACAAUCCAGCGACCAAGAUGUCCUCAACCUAGAUAUUAUCACCGAAGCGUGGUUUGUCGCCGAACAAGACUUCUGUGAGAUAACGGAAGUGGAGGUGCGUGUGGGUGCGCUCGCGCUGUACAUCGAGGACGCGUACGUGCGACGAUUGGCCGCGCUGCUGCGGGAGGCGUGGCCGGCACGAGACAGCGACGAGUGCGCGCACGUGCUCGCCGCCGCGCGCCGCAUGCAGCGCCCCCUGCGCCUGCGCACACUCACCGUCAUGCCCAUAGAUCUGUUGCUCACUCUGCAUACUGCCGCGCACAUGUACAUUGCGUUGGAUCAGAGUCCGCUGCGACUGGCCGCGUUCCGACAGCGCGCAAUGGUCACCUCAGUGGAGCGGCUUACGCAUGCCUUCACCGUACACUAUCUGUCCGCAGCGCUUCUCAGUGCAGGUUGGGUGGUGGGGGGUCUAGAGUUGGUGGGUGCGCCAGUGGCGUUGGCGGCGCGAGUGGUGGGAGCGGGCGGCGGCGUGCGGGGCGUGGCGAGCGCGACCGCAGCCGCCGUACUGCGGUCGCUCAGCGCCGCCGCCAGUUCCUUGGCGCGCAACCUCGAUUUACUCGCUGGUGACAUCGAACACGCGGAGCGAGCUGCCGCCGCGAGGAGACAACCCCCUUCCAGUUUAUUAGCCGGUCUCACAGCGGGACUCACUAACUUCGCUAUCAAUAUACUUGGUGCGGUGGGCGGUCUCGCGCACCAUUCAGUGGUGGGCGUGUGUGUGGGCGAGGCGGGAGGCGGGACGGCGCUAAGACGUGGUUUAGUCGGCGCUUUGACUAAGCCCCUAAGUGCCACUGCUGACCUGCUUGCGUAUGCCGGUCAAGGUCUACUCGCGCAGACCGGCUGGGAUGUAACGCCUCAGCCAAGGGCAUGGAGCGGCGACGAGGGAGAGGCUAGUAUUGGUCCGGCGGGCGUGUGGCAGCGCGAGUGCGUGCGCUGGGCGUUCAGGCUCGCCGACCUGCCCGCGAUCUCCGGCUUCCGAGUGCUGCUCGACAACGCGCCUCUCCUACUCAUCAUUACACAAAAGUUCCUGGUGGUGGCGGACCCUCACACCGAGCGCAUCGUCGAAAUGAUAGAUCUAAAGUCGUGCUCGGUACAGCCGCUAGUUGGACACGUCGUCGAGUUGGUGGUUAAACAGCGGCGGUCUCCAAAGACUCCGGACUCUAACGGGCCAGAUGAAGACAACGAGUAUCAAAUAAGCGCCUCAGCUAUGGCUCGUGUUGCGCGGUACACGGGGGCGGGGUCGGCGGGCAUUAGGGCGGAGCUAGAGGGUGGGGCGGGCGCGAGCACGACGGGGGCGGGGCCAGAGGCGGGCGCACGCAACUUGCUACUGCGCACCGCGCCAACACAAACGUACUCGCUGCACGCUACACUCUGCGCAGCCAUACAACACAACUGCGCCGUACACUUUCCAUUACUGUAAUUCGUACACUUUUCAAUUCUCUAUGAUGUGCUUUAACUUCCAAUAUACGAAAU